AUGUCAUGGGGGGCGCUGGGGACCCCCCGCCCGGGAUGCUCCAAAGCCGCGUUAAAGGAGCCGGGAGAGCGCCAGGAGCAGCGCGACCACCGCCGUGGGCCCCAGCAUCGCUCUUCCUGCAGAAUUCCAAGGAUUUCCUCGCCAUGACUCUGGCCGCCUACAAGGAGAAGAUGAAGGAGCUGCCCCUCGUCUCCCUGUUCUGCUCCUGUUUCCUGUCGGAUCCCCUGAACAAGCCCACCUACACCUACGAAGACACGGUGGACCUGACCUGGUGCGUCAUCUCCGACAUGGAAGUGAUCGAGCUCAACAAACGGACCUCGGGCCAAUCCUUCGAGGUCAUCCUGAAGCCUCCGUCCUUCGACGGAAUUCCGGAAUUCAACGCUUCCCUGCCCCGGCGCCGCGACCCUUCCCUGGAGGAGAUCCAGAAGAAGCUGGAAGCAGCGGAGGAGAGGAGAAAGUACCAGGAGGCGGAGCUGCUGAAGCACCUGGCGGAAAAGCGGGAGCACGAGCGGGAAGUGAUCCAGAAGGCCAUCGAGGAGAACAACAACUUCAUCAAGAUGGCCAAGGAGAAGCUGGCGCAGAAGAUGGAAUCCAACAAGGAAAACCGCGAGGCCCAUCUGGCGGCCAUGUUGGAGCGCCUCCAGGAGAAGGACAAACACGCGGAAGAAGUGAGGAAAAACAAGGAGCUCAAGGAAGAAGCCUCCAGGUAAAGAGGCGCUGCUGGGACUGACAGCUCCGGGGAGGUGCCGGAGGCUUCCGCAGCUCCAGGUCGGAAUGAUGUGGGAAUGGUGGACGUUCCUCUGCUUUCUUUGUUCGUGGAUGUGCCGAGUCGAGGGGUGAAGCCAUCGGAGUCGUCGUUCCGGGGAGGGUGGGGAGGGAAGGGAUGAGGGCGGGAUUUGGGAUGCCCACCCGGGUGGGUCCCGCGCGCCGCCCGUCAGCCAGGUCUGGAGGGGACAGCCGAGGGCUGAGGAGGUGAUCCCCAGGAGAAAUCCCGGGAAUACGGAGCGGGCGGGGAGGGAAUUGUGGGAAAAUGUGCGUCGUGUGUGACUUUAAUUUGGUGCUGGGCAGGCAGGGCGGGCGGGAAUCCCACUGGAGUCUUCUCCAUCCAAUCCCAUCCCAUCCCAUCCGUGGGCUGCGGCAUCUCUUGGUGUCCCUCCCUCCCUUGUUCCUGCCUGGAUCUGGGGUCUCUUCCCAGAUCCGGCGUUUUUUGCCCUUCCAGCACCGUUUUGGGAAGGGGGAGAAGGCUUCCCCUGUUGGAGGUGGUCAGGGAGUGAAAUUCCCUUGCUCCAAAGGUUUUUUCCGGCUGUUGGAGAUGCCCAAUGAUCCUUCCCAAGGGUGACAUUGGAAAGCCCCAUGAAUUCCCAAAGAAACUUUUUUGUAAGAACUUCCCAAAAAAUAAUCCCGGUGGGAAUUCUUGGAUGAAAUCCCCCUUUCCAGCUGGAAAACCAUUGGCUCCCGGCAAUGGAGCAACAGGAGAAACCAGGGUGGGGCUGUGGAGACCACGAUGGAAGGGAUUGGGGAAAAUUCAGGGAAAAAUUCGGCGGAGAGGAUGGAAAAAUUCGGUGGGAUGGAGCCCUGUGGAGAACAGGGAAAAAUAUCCAUGGGGAACCCCUUGGGGAUAGCGGUGGCACCUCCUGGUUACACCAGGGAGGGUGGAAAACCCCCCACUAUUCCAGGAGAUGUUUUUUGGGAGCUGCCGUGCAAUUCCUGGGGCAUCUUUGCCUCCAGGAAGGGCUGGAGAAGGAAUACUGGAUUUUCCAGGGGGUGGGAAUUCCCUCCAUUCCCAGUUGCCAUCCGGAAGCGUUCCCAGUGCCGUGGGACCCCCAAAUCCCAACCCAGAUGUGAACAAAGGGUUUGGUCUCCGCUAUGGCUGGAUGAGACAUUCCAAGCUCUGAUCCAGGUCCGGAGGGAAUCACGGCUCUUUCCCGGUGCCAGGAGGUGCCCGCCCGGAUCCCGGAGCCCUGGGAGAAUCCUGGGAAGGGGAAAAAUGGGACUGGGGACGGAUUGUGGCGCGAGCUGUCCUUUUUUUGUACACAACGGAUGUAAAUAAAACUGCCUUGGCCUUUCCUUUGGUUUCCAUGA